GGCAGCUCGCUGACCGGUUGCAGCAGCAGCAACAGCAGCACUAGCAGCGCCAGCGGCAGCGGCAGCGGCGUCGGACAGACGCCCGGUUCCCUUGGCUACCCGGCCAGCCCGGCCUGUGCCAGCCUCGUCGGCCCGGCCAGCGGCGGCGGCGGUAGCACCGGCAGCAUCGGAGCCGCCAACCUCGUCGGACUGGCCGGACGCUCCAGCGCCUCGCCGUCGCCUCGUCUGCCCAUCUGCAGUCCGGCCAGCUUGGCCGGCCCCGGCUCGGCGUCCCCGUUGCCACCGGCUCCGGCUUCAGCCGACUCUACAGUCGCGCCGGCCUCCCAGUUGAUCAGGCAUUCCAUUGCUCGACACACCGGACAGCCCUGCUCCGGCAAUCACACGACAGUGGGCGCCGCCGACUGCCUCGGUACCGUGGACCAUUUGCGCUCGCUCUCCGCCCUCGGGGCUAAGUACACCCAGCCCAGUCCGCCUCCCGGCCAGACGGCCGAGCAGUUGCAUCGUGGCAACUCUGUCUCUCCAGGCAAUGGGGCCAUGGCAAAUCCUCCGCUGGGCAACUUGUUGUCAAGUGAGUCAAUAUCUUCUGUAUCUACUUCUUCUCUUUCUUCUUCCUACCCUCUCGGCAUAAGCGUUUACUUUGCAAAUCGUUCUGAUCGCUUAGAGAGCAGAUUUUUUCCUCCCGCCUUCUUCUUCACCCAGUUUCAGCUUUACGUUUUUCUUAUUCUUCUUCUUCUUCUUCUUCUUCUACCUCUCCUCUAUGGUCACCGCCACCUCCAUACUCAUUAUUAUGAGCAUCUUCAACACGAAAAUGCCGCUGCAGUCUCCGUCGAAGUUGCAAGCACUCGACUCGACGAUGACUCUGUUGCGUCAUUCCACCAAAUUCUACCGUUUGGUAGCUUUUCCUUUCAGAGUUCCGCCUCCACCAAAAAUCUGACGGGCACUUCAGACCUCGCUAUCGAUUUAGCGUCUCCUAGUUCCAGGCGAUAA